AUGGACCUUGCAAAUACCUGGGCCGGGCCGGGAUACACACCUACACCCAAAGAUACCACCCUAAUCAACCAGAUGAUGCUCAGGUUCCGGCCUAUUGCGCCCAAGCCCGUAGAUAAUUCUUCUGGCCCGCCGGAAACUCAUGUGGUUGCAAACAGAAGAACCAAGAGAAAGUACGUUAGAGUUAAGAAAAAUAAGAAUAAUAAAAAAGAAAAAAGUGAUGGAUUGCUGGAUGAGGUGGUAACUCUUCAGCUACUGCCGGAAAGUAGCGGAGGAGUUAAAACUUCGCCGGAGGACAGAUCCUACCCAAAAACUAUCAACUUUUUGGUGCAAUUAGACCGAUCUAUAUGGAUAAAUAAAAAUAUUUUAUCGAUCGGUGCACCAGAUCCGUCCGUAGAGAUCCGAUCUCCGAUGGUUGUGGAAUCAUGGGUGACGGUGGACGGUUUAACAAACACUACUUUUGUAGAUUUAUCAGCUUUAGGAAGUACGGACAUGGAGAAGAUGAUGAAUCUACAGCGUGACACGUGUCCAGGGUUCAUAUCGGACGGUUUAGAUAGCGUGAAGUGGGUGAAUCUGGCGUACCGGAGAAUGAUAGAUCCGGAAGAGGAGGGAGGAGAAGCGACGGAGAUGGUGGUGCGGUUAGUAGUGAAGGAGGAUAAGCGUGCACCAGUAUUAUUAUUAUUGCCAAGUUUUGCAUGCAUAGUAAGAAUUGUUUAUACAUGGAAUAAAGUGAAGCAGUCAAGGACAAUGCCUUGUGAUGUAUGGAAGAUGGACUGUGGGGGAUUUGCAUGGAAAUUUGAUGCUAAGGCUGCACUUAGCUUGGGCCGUUGA